AUAUUUGUUGAUUGCUUAUUUCUUGUUUGUUUUUCCAGCUUUUGUUUUACCUUCUUUCUUCUUUUGUCUUUUCGAGAAAGGGGAGAGCCUCGCAGAGCACGAUAGAUAAAGCAUGGAAAGCAAGCUUAGAGUCGCAUAAUCCUGACCGUAAAUUAAGUAGGCGAGAACUGACUAGCGAGUGAACAAGAGUCAUGGAUAAUUCCAUAGCAACAAGGUGGAGGGAUCUUAGCGGCGAGAAAAACUGGAAGGAUCUAUUGCAUCCUGUUGAUCCUGACCUCCGCCGCUAUGUUAUUCACUACGGUGAAAGGGCCGGAGCUGCUGGAGAUCUCUUCAACGAUACAAUGGCAUCCAGGGGGUUCGGAUAUUGUCUUUAUCCACCAGAUGAGUUCUUCUCCAGGGCUGGUCUAGAAAAUGGAAACCCGUUCAUGUAUGAAGUGACCAACUUUUUUUAUGGAGCCGCAGAUAGUAAUGACUCCAAUUGGUUUGGAUAUGUGGCGGUUGCUACAGAUGAAGGAAAGACUGCUUUGGGAAGAAGGGAUAUCUUGGUUUCUUGGAGAGGAACAGGAACAGAACCGGAAUGGAUUGAUGAUGCAAGGUUUUUUACAACACCAGCUAAAGAGUUAUUUGGAACCGACCAUGCUAAGGUGCACUCUGGCUUUCUUGCUAUUUAUACAGGAAAAGUCUCCAAUUCUCCUUAUAACGAGACAAGUGCCAGGGAUCAGGUUCUAAAAGCAGUUCGAAAACUGGUAGAUAAGUACCAGAAUGAGGAUAUAAGCAUUACUGUCGUCGGCCACAGCCUGGGAGCAGCCCUUGCAACAUUGAACGCUACUGAUAUAGCAGCCAAGGGAUAUAACAAACCCACAGACAAUUCAAAUAAGACGUGCAUGGUCACAGCUUUUGCAUAUGCUAGUCCACACGUUGGGAACCAAGAAUUCAAAGAAGUAAUUGAUGGACUCAUUGAGCUUCAUAUCCUACGCAUCACCAAUUCCACAGAUAUAAUUCCCAAGCUUCCAGUGCUUUUAGGCUACACCGAUGUGGGGGAAAAUUUGGCAAUCGACACAACCAAAUCACCGUACUUGAGGCAGGGCAUUAACGCUCACAAUUUGGAGGUUCACUUGCAUGGAGUGGCAGGGGUACAAGAAAGCGGAGAAUUCAAACUGGAAGUUGAUCGUGAUAUUGCACUCAUAAACAAAAAAAUUGAUGGUUUACAGAACAAAUAUAAAAUACCGCCUGAAUGGUGGAACCAUGAGAAGUUCAAGAAUAUGGUUCAAAUGGAUACUGGCCGUUGGCAGUUUGUUGAUUGUGCUUAUGUGCCGGACCCUCCAAAUGAUUACCUCCAGUAACACUAUAUAGUUCAUCCAGCAAAAGAAAUUAAAAAUCACAAUGGUUGCUCUACUUAUGGUCAAAGUGGAGGGGUCGGCAUGGAGUUUAUAUGUUCUCUGCAGCUAUUGAUUUCCUUAGCUUGGCUAUUUCACAAAGUUAUGGGGUCUAUCGGCACCGGUUAGCCUAGCUAGAUCCAAUGUGCUUCUACUUCUUUUGCAGCUAUAAUUAGUUUAUCUGCUACAUGUUAUUAAUGAAAACUGGAAGUAGAAACUCCUUUUUUCAGGAAA